AUCUACAUGAAAAGUUGCGGAAUCUCUCUGACCCCCAACCCUCCCCCCUUCCAGUCGUUAAGACUGGAGUUGAGUAGUGGCUUAAUAGAUCAGUCACCUCCGCCCGUAGAUUAUUACUCCUUAUCAAUAUCAGCCCCGUACAAGUAAAUCGGCAAAACGAAAGCAAAGGAUAUUUACCCGCAGUUAGAGACAGAGAGAGUGUAAGUGUAUGUGAGAGAGCGAGCGAGCGCAGGGCUGGGAGAGCCAUGAAGUUGCAGGCGGUGAUGGAAAACCUGCAGAGGCAGCAGCGUGCGCGGCUCGAGCUCGAGGCCCGGCAACAGCAGAACGAACAGCAUCACCAGCAACAGCCCCAGUCCUCGCGUGCGCGCUUUCAGCUCCAGGCCCAGCAACAGCAGCAGCAAAUUCAAAUGGAGCAGCGCGAGCCUCGCAGGCUAACGGCCGAGUUUUCCAACGAUAACAAGAUCCUGGUGAUUGCGCAGCAGAGCAUCGCUGCUCAGCAAACAGCAGCACUGGCCGCCAUGAGAGCAGCGGCGGCUGCCGCAGGGGCUGAUGCUUCAGCCCAACGCGUCCUCGACGAAGGAGACGAAGAGGAACUGGGUAUGGAACGAGGCGAUAGCCCGAGGCUUUCCGAAACCAGCGAGGCCUUAUCUGGGGGAGAUGAGAUGGAGCGGGAAGAGGAGGAGGAGACCGCGGAGCCGCGUUAUCCCGAUCCUUUAGGAUCCGAGGAAGAUAUGGCUGCUGAGGAAGAAGAAGAAUUCGAGGACGAGAUGGCCGAGGAAGGGGGUAGCGGAGUAAAGGAGCAGAGGGGAAUGCACCACUGUGGUGAGGUGCAUCGUUUGCCCGGGCAGCGGCGCCCUAUAACCGGGCUCCCUUGCCAGCCACACCCGCAGAUGCAGCAAGUCCAGGAUCAGGCCGAGUGGACGUACGAGGAACAGUUUAAACAGCUCUAUGAGCUAGACAAUGAUCCAAGAAGGAAAGAAUUUUUGGAUGACCUUUUCAGUUUCAUGCAGAAGAGAGGAACUCCAGUUAAUCGGAUUCCCAUCAUGGCUAAGCAGGUUCUGGACCUCUAUACACUCUACGCAUUGGUCACUGAGAAAGGAGGCCUAGUGGAAGUCAUUAAUAAGAAGCUUUGGAGGGAAAUUACCAAAGGUCUCAGCCUACCCACCUCUAUCACAAGUGCUGCCUUUACACUCAGAACUCAAUAUAUGAAAUACCUUUAUCCAUAUGAAUGUGAGAAGAGAGGACUGAGCUCUCCAAAUGAACUGCAGGUUGCUAUCGAUAGCAAUCGACGAGAGGGUCGAAGACACAGCUUUGGAUCACCACUGUAUAGCUAUUCUCCCAGUGGAACAUCAUCAGUGCUAUCCUCGCCCAAAUUGCAAGUGCCUACACUAAAUUUAGCAACAACUAAUGGCAGCCCUAUUAACCAGCUGGUAAAAAUAAAGAAAGAGGAGGAUUCAAUUAUUCCACUGUCUUUGGGAGGCAGACUACCUGUGUCACUGACUGGUCACCAGGUAGCAGCAGCACAGGCUGCUGCAGCUCAGGCUGCAGUUGCUGCACAAGCUACAGCAUUAGAUCAAUUGAGAGAGAAAUUGGAGUCUGGAGAGCCUCCAGAGAAGAAGAUGGUCGUUGGGGUGGAUGAUCAGCAGCGGUUGAUGCAACGUGCUAUUCAGCAGAAUCUACUUGCCAUGACAGCGCAGAUACCAAUGAACAUCAGAAUCAACAGUCAAGCAGACCGCCAAGAAUCAGCAUUGAACCUUACAACAAAUGGCAUGAGCAGUAUCAGUAUGUCAGUGGAGAUCAAUGGGGUUGUUUACACAGGUGUUCUGUUUGGUCAAGGACCUGGUAUAUCUGGUGCAUCGAGCACCAAAGGAAAUAACAGCAAGAAUAACAAUUCUCAGGGUACACCUAGCCUGCCUGUACCUCGCACACCUACCUCCUCAUCAUCACAUACUUCAAACAACUCUUCACCAUGAGGCUGCAGCUGUAAUAAAGCCAACUUCAGCAUAGUGCAUCACCGCCAACACUUUAAAAGGAGUUCUCAGGCUUUUAACUCUCAAGGAAAGUAACUUUUGAUGACCAGAGGUUUCAGUUGAAUGGCCAAAAUGGCCAACAGUUAAGCAUAAUCCAUAUUCUGCUUAUAAACUUUCUUGGGUCACUGAAUGAGAACCAGGAGCAGCUUAAAAACUACUAAUACCUCAUAAAUCUACUUAUUCUUUAAUCAAGAUUUAUCAUUGGUUACAUUUUUCUUUUCAGCCAAAUUCAGCAUUUAAAGACUAUAUAUGUAUUUCCAUGAUGUGCUAUUUUAAUUGAGAUUUAUAAGUGAAUAUUGAUAUUUUUUGAAGGAAAAGAAAAUUUGAACUACAUCUAUGAUAUUGCUUCUUACAUUUUGGUAUGUUCAGUUACUGCCGAACAAGAAAGGGAUAAGCUGUUUCAAUGCUUAUCCAUUUAUAUUGAUCAUUCUUAUACAUGUAGCAAUACACAGACUUUUACAGCUGUUCAGAUAUUUAUUAUAUACAGUACUUUUUAAUAUAUUUUAGUUAAUUUCACAACACAAGACUCUAAUACAGUGGAGCUAUCAUGAGAUCAUUUUUCUGGCAAAUAUAAUUGGAUCUUAAAGGAGCAUUCCAUUCUAAUGAAAAUCUGGACCAUUGUACAUAGCUAUUUGGGGCAGGGGUUUGGGAAAUAGUGAAUUUUAAAUGCUGCUCUUCAAUAGUUUCCUUUAGUUCUAAUGUCAUACGUUGCACAAAAAUUCAAAGAGCUCACAUUUCUCUCUCAUUUGCAUUACUUUGAGUAUCACUUCAGCAGUGCUGAGAUGACAAAUUCUACCCAUUUAAAUUUCCUUGAAAUGACAAAAGAAUUGAUCUGACAUUUUUAGCUGUCAUUUUUGGCUUGGCAUUCUGCAAUAUUAGUGUGUUCAUUUUUAAAAUUGGAUUUUGAUGAGGCAGGAUAGAAUUUUGCUUGCUGAUCUCCCUACGUUUUGCCAUGACAGUGAAGGGAAAAUAAUUUACUAUCUGCCACUGAAUACAUUUGAUUUUUUUAAAACAUAAAUGUGAUGGCUGUUUUUAAAAUGUCUUACAGCAUUUUAAAUAAGAUAUGGUUAUAACUUUGGUGUGAAACAUACCUUAGUUAAAGCAUUAGAUGACAAUAGACAUUAUAAUAUUAGAAGUAUAUGAUAUCUAUUGUCACAGGGGCUUUUUGCAGACAUUGAUUAAUAGUUGGAUCUAAAGUGUUCAUGAAUAGUUUUUGAUUUGCAGGGAAAUGAUCUUGAUUGAGCUCCACUGCAUUCACUAUAGUAUUUAAUGUGACAUUUGAAGUAAAACAUUUUAUACAGAAUCAGCUUUGUGUUCAUACUGUGAAAAAUACACCUUUUUAGAGUGUAAACUGAUGCAUCACCGUUGAAACAGGUAUUUUGGGAAAAACUAUUAUGCUUGAAGUUAUAUAGAUCUACAUCUAUAUCCAUCUUUCAUAGGACUGUAAGGUUGCUGUUACAAUGAGAGUGAAAACCUACCUAAUGGAAGUAUAUUCUUUGAGAGGAUGCAGUUAACAACUUCACCUUUGAAUUUGUAGAUUUUCAGUUAAGUGCUGUUACUCCACUCCCUCAAAGAAAUUGUUCAAUGAACAGCAAGGUUUCCUUUUUUCCUCAAUUUACAAUUACAUUAUUGUUUAUCAGUAGCCAAAUGUGAUGGUGUACUGCCUUCAUCAUGUCUUUAGUGUGGUAGAGAUAAUAUGUUGAAAUUAAUUUUGUAACAUCACAUUGAAAUUAAUGAAAAACAAAUAUUGCUGGAGACAAUAUGUUUACUUUUAGCAAAUGUUGUUGGAUUUUAUUGGCCAUACUCAGUGAGUGGAGUGAUUUGGGUAAAGUCAAAAUUAUAAUUAUUUGAAAACUGGCAUCAACUUCUU